CCAAACAACUAAAAAAACUUCUCUCUUUCUCUCUCUAAAUGGGUUUGGAUGACACAGGCUUGAAUUUAGGACUAGGAUUUGCUGUUCCGCCGCCGGCUGCGGCGGCUGCGUUUGGUAGGAAGACGGCUGCGGCGGCGUCAAGUUUGGAGCCGUCGCUAACUUUGGGGAUUUCAUCAUCAUCUGCAGGAGAUGAUCAAGAGUAUUCUGGUCAUGGAUCUACCAAGAUGUACGGACGACUUGAUAGUCCCACGACGACGUCGUUUUCCAACGGUAGCUUGAACAGACCCAGUGAUGAUGAUGAUGGUGAAGAAGACGAUAUUAUUAUUAUUAAUAAUAAUAAUAUUAAUAAUAAUAAUAAUUCAAGGAAGAAACUCAGGCUUAAUCGAGACCAGUCUGCCCUUUUGGAGCAAUGUUUUAAGCAACAUAGCACUCUCAAUCCAAAGCAAAAACAGGAGCUUGCAAGAAAGUUAAAUCUCAGACCUAGACAAGUAGAAGUUUGGUUUCAGAAUAGAAGAGCCAGGACAAAGCUUAAGCAAACAGAAAUAAAUUGUGAGUUUUUGAAGAAGUGUUGCGAAACUCUAACCGACGAAAACAGAAGACUACAAAAGGAACUUCAUGAGCUCAAGUCACUUAAGUUGCCCGGUCUUUACAUGCAACUGCCCGCUACCACACUUUCAAUCUGCCCGGCAUGCGAGAGGAUCGGAACCGCUGUUGGCGAGGGUGAAGUCAAGGAUUCCGAUAAGAAUAUUAGUAUGGUGGGAUCGAAACCAACUCAUUUGUAUAAUCCGAUUGUUAAUCCAUCUACAGCUUGUUAAUGAAUUGAUUGAAGUGAGUUAAGGUAUAUUAUAUAUAUUGUAUGGAUAGGCUAAGACUAAACUAACUUGAUUUUAAUUAAAAUGUAUUAUUUCAAUAUAUUGAUAAGAUGUAGCUAGAGUACUCUAAUUAAUUAAGUAUCCUUUGAUUAUGUUGUAAUUAGGGUUUGAGACAGUUUGAACUUGUAGUGCUUGUGGAUGCUAAACAUUGAUAUUUAAUCUUGUUCAUGAUGUUGAUAUAUAUUUA